AGUUCUUCGUCAAUCUUCAGCCUCGACGCCGUCGAUCUUGCUUCGAAUCCUGUCUGCUUGGAGAUUCAUCUUUCUCAGCCAGAGAUGCCACACGACCAGAAGCUUAGUCAGGCGAUUAAGAAGUUUUCGGAUUAUUGGGAGAUGUGGGCUAGCUGCGAAAGUGGAGAUGAAGCAGCAGAAUAA